GGUGUUGACCCGCGGGCACUAGAGGCUGUUGUCAGAUUAGACCACUGACUGCGCGGUUGCCGGGUUUUCUGGAGACGCGGAGUGAAUUUGUGCGUCCAGCGAUUGCAUCUGGAAGCGUAUGUAAGACUGUAGGUGAAAAUUUUAUUCAGAAGUCUUAUGAACCCAGAAGGAAGUUCUUCCAUUCAGAAUUGUGGGACUAGGUUUGUUGCUAACAAUAUGAAAAGCUCUGAGGUUAACCUGGAAAAGAAAAAAAGGGUUAAAAUGCCAGCGAGGAGACGUCGUGAGGUCCUUUCUUCAAAUCAGGGAGACAAUUUGGCUUUGCGGAAAGAUGAGUUGCCCUAUGUUCCUCCAGUGUUGUCUGCAAAUAAACGUCUUCCUGUUCGAAUGGGGACUAACUUGAAUGGAACAUUGCAUGGUUCUUCGGAUAUAACUUCUGCUAGAAAUUAUCACAAGCCUCCAUUAGAAAAUUCCACUGUAUCAGAAAGUGAUUUUUCUAAAGAUGUUGUAGUGCCGAGGUUACCUGUGGAUAAAACAGAAGAGAGCAACAGACAUAAAGCAAAUGACAUCUUUAUUUCUCAGUACACCAUGGGACAGAAGGAUGCUCUAAGAACAGUUUUAAAGCAAAAAGCUCAAAGCAUGCCUAUUUUUAAGGAAGUAAAGGUCCAUCUUUUAGAAGAUGCAGGCACAGAAGAGGAUACUGUUACAAAGGAGGCCAGAACUUCACCCAGUGCCAUUGAUUCUGCUACAACUGUAGCUGCAGCAACUGCUGCUGCCAUUGCAACAGCAGCUCCACUGAUAAAGGUGCAGAGUGAUUUGGAAGCCAAAGUUAAUUCUGUCACAGAAUUACUUAAUAAGUUACAGGAGACGGAUAAACACUUACAACGUGUUACAGAGCAGCAAGCAACCAUUCAGACUAAACAAGAGAAAUUACAUUGUCAUGAUCAUGAGAAGCGGAUGAAUGUAUUUAUGGAGCAGCACAUUAAGCAUCUUGAAAAAUUACAACAACAACAAAUAGAUAUUCAGACUCAUUUUAUUAGUGCUGCACUAAAGACUAAUAGUUUUCAGCCUGGUAGCAUGCUCCCUUCCAGAGCAAUGGAAAAGUGUUCUGUGAAACCAGAACAUCCUCUUCCUCAUCCUCACAGCAGCAACCUGUCUUCACAUCACACAUUUACUUCCAACAAGGUAAAAAUAUUUAAGGUCGAAGAUAUGGAUUUUGAUGAACAGAAAUCUCCUUUGGAGACGCCAGCUCCUCGCAUUGCUCCUGUACCUGUUUCAAGAAAUGAUGAAAUGUCGAAGAAGGAAAAUCCCAUAGAAGAAAAAGAAAACAUGGAAAUGUUAGGUCAUAGAGGAAAUGUAACACUAUUGGAACAAAUUUUGAAUAAUAAUGAUUCUUCGAUAAGAAAAAGUGAAUCAUUAGACAUAUCGUCACUAACUGGGCCAAAAAUGGGAUGGAAUCUUGAGAAAAAAGACAGUGUUGAAGCUCUGCCUUCUCAAAGAUUUCCCUCCUAUGAAGAUCUAGGCAUAUCUAAAGUGACUACGCAGAAGUAUAAUGAUGUUCUUCAUGAUCUUGGCCAAAAGAAGAAAGAAACAAACGACGUGCUCCAGCCAAAAGACUUGCCAAUUAUGAUGAGGCUUGCUGAUCUUCCACAGAAUUCUGUUAAGCUUCAAACAGUCAAUACAACAAGAUCUGUAUUGAAAGAUGCUGAGAAGAUUUUGAGAGGAGUACAAAAUAACAAAAAAGUACUUGGAAACCUAGAAGCCAUUAUUCGUGCAAAGGAUGGAGCUGCUAUGUAUUCAUUUAUCAAUGCUUUAUCCACUAAUAGAGAAAUGUCAGAGAAAAUUAGGAUCAAAAAGAUAGUAGAUGAGUGGAUUAAAACGAUUUCUGCAGAAUUCAGGUAUGAUGAACUGGCAAGAAAAGAUCAUGAAAAAAGGAGAUCUGAUCUUAAGAAUCAAAGGACGAAGAAAGCUCAGAAUAUGAGUAAAGAUAUUAAAGCCAACACACAAGACAAAACUGUGAACAGAUCUAUAAUCCCAAGACAGCAUUCUCAAAAACGAAUAGAGGAGCGUUUGAGAAGUCCACCUGUGAGGAGCACACCUGCGUCAGGUGUACAGAAAGAGAGAAAAGAAGGGCAUUUGAAGUCAGCCACAAUGAUACAAGAUGAGGAUUAUAUGUUACAAAUAUAUGGAAAACCCGUUUAUCAGGGCCAUCGUAGCACUCUUAAAAAAGGACCAUAUCUCAGAUUUAAUUCUCCAUCUCCUAAGUCUAAACCACAGAGACCAAAAGUAAUAGAACGAGUUAAAGGUAAGGAGCCUCAUUUUAAAAUCAAUAAGACACAAACUGACUUUUAUGCAACAAAAUCUAUGAAGACGGAUUCUAAGAUGCGGCGUCCCAUUACUACACCACCUCAUGGUGAUCAGCAAUAUGUGUUCAGCCCAAGCAGAGAAAUGCCCACUCUUUCAGGUACACUGGAAGGUCAUCUAAUUCCUAUGGCAAUUCUUUUAGGACAAACCCAAAGUAAUAGUGAUUCUGUGAGGCCUACUGGAGUGAUUGUAAACAAGCCACACCCUAUAACUGUGACGACUUCUAUUCCUCCAUCAUCUCGAAAAGUAGAAGAACUGGGUAAAGAAAGCCACAUAGCAGUUGUAGAAAUGAAGUCAGAAAAAAAGGAUCCUCCUCAGCUUUCUGUACAGGUAUUACCCAGUGUAGACAUCGACAGCAUUUCAAAUUGUAGUGCUGAUGGUGGUUCCCCUCUGCAGAGUCCCAGAGAAGCCCCUCUUCCUCAGCUGCAGACCUGGAUACAGGUAAUUAUGAAGGUAGAUGAAGAAGAUGUGAAGUUUCCAGGGAGUAACUUUGAUGAAGUAAUCGAUGUUGUACAGGUCGAGGAAAAAUGUGAUGAAAUCCCAGAAAGCUCUGAACCAUUACUAGAGUACAGAAGUGUUCAAGUUGCUUCUACAAAGUAUAAUGGUCCUCCAUUUCCACCAGUUGUUUCUAGUUUUCAGCCCACUACUGACAUUCUGGAUAAAGUAAUUGAGAGAAAAGAAACAUUGGAAAAUAGUUUAAUUCAGUGGGUAGAACAAGAAAUAAUGUCAAGGAUUAUCUCUGGGCUCUUUCCAAUCCAGCAGCAGGCCAGACUUAAUGCCAGUGUUUCAGUCAGUGAGGCAAGUGAACCAUUGAACCUGACAUUGGUAAUGGAAGGAACAAGCUGUGGUGCUCUCCAGCUCUUUGUUGAUGCCGGGGUUCCUGUGAAUUCAGACAUGAUUAGUCAUUUCGUGAAUGAAGCUCUGGCUGAGACCAUUGCUGUCUUGCUGGGUGACAGAGAAGCAAAAAAGCAAGAUCCUGUGGGUACAAGUUUUUCUGGAGAUGUCUUAUCAAAGGAAACAUGUUUUCCGGCAAGAGUGUGUACCCCUGUGGCUACUCCACAGCCUACUCCUCCUCGCUCACCUUCCUCACCUCCUAAGGACCAUGUGUUAGUGAAAACUCCAGAUUCUUCUCCCUGUGAUUCAGAUGGUGAUGUGGCUCUUCCUGUAAAAGAUGUAUUUGCUGAAAAAGGAAAUGAUAUACCUACUAUGAUGCUUGUGAAUACUCCAACAGUUACCCCUGUUACUUCACCUCCUCCAGCAGCUGCUCUUACCCCAACUUUGUCAGAGAUUUCCAUUGAUAAAUUGAAGAUAUCAAGCCCAGAGCUUCCCAAGCCAUGGGGGGAUGGAGACCUGCCAUUGGAUGAGGAGAAUCCUAACUCUCUUUUAGAAGGAUUUCUUCACCCAAGAGCUAUUGUAAUGUCUGUGGCUAAAGAUGAAGAACCUGAGAGUAUGGAUUUCCCUGCUCAGUCUGCAUCUCCAGAGCCAGUUCCCAUUACACCAUUUCCUGCAGGCACCAAGGCUCCUUCUCCCUUACAGAUGCCAAGUUCUGGUUCCUCAACACUGGAGAGCACUUUGAGCGUUACUGUCACGGAAACAGAAACUUUAGAUAAACCCAUCUCUGAAGGAGAGAUUUUAUUUAGCUGUGAUCAAAAAUUUACUACCAAGAGUUUAGGAGCUGGAGGAAUAUGUCUGACAAACCUAAAUGAUAGCUUAUCUAGCACUUUGCAAGAUGCUCUUGAAAUGGAAGAUGAUCCUCCCAGUGAAGGACAAGUGAUGAGGAUGCCCCAUAAAAAGCUUCGUGCAGAUGCAAUUCUUUCUCUUCUUACUAAACAAAAUCAAGAAUUAUUGGUCUCACAGCAAUCAGUCUAUUACUCAGAGGAUUUGGAACACAGUGUUGGUGAACUUAGUGAAGGACAAAGGCCCAGACUGACAGCAGCAGCAGAAAAGGUCCUAAAGGAACAUUCUCUGUAUCUGAAGCAGCCUGUUGCUAACGCAGAGUCUUUGAAUCAGCCAUGUGAUGCUACACCAUUUUUUCAGCAAUUUGACACAGUUUCAGGUGGUAUUUUUGAAGAUUCGUGUGCUAGUCAUGGUCCAAUGAGUUUGGGAGAGCUGGAGUUGCAGCCAAAAACUCACGUCUUUCUUCCCAAAACACUUUUGGCAACACAAAAAAAUGAUGUUAAUUUACAGGAGGCAGCUGAAGAUUUUUCUCAGUACCAACAACAGCAAGAUCAGGAUAUUAAGGAAGUUGAACACAAGCCAGUACAAAGUCGUUUAAUACAUGUGAGAAGUAAAUCUGAUAUUACACUUUCACAACAAGGUGGUGAGGCAGUGCCACUCUUCACUUCUCAGAUGUCGCCUGCUAAGAUGUCCGUGACACUGCCCUCGAUGAAACUCGAGGAUUGCUCUCAGUCUCUGAGCAUCAGCACCAUGCAGGAAGACGUGGAGUCCUCAGGGGCGGAUACCUUCUGAGUGGGAAGUGAGAGCCAGCCUGUUUAUGAAGGCAUUUCACUUUGGCUUAAAAAACCACCUCUCAAGCUGUUUUGGUCUUUGAGCAUAUUCUGAAAAAACAUUUCUAAUUUUUUAUUCAGAUGAAAAGUACAAUUUUGGUAUUUAGGUAAAGUUUUUGAAUAAAAUAAAUAUAAAUCAUAAGCCUGUCUGUGAGUUGU